AUCUCUCCAGCCAUCCAGCGUCGGUGUUGACUGAGGGAGAAGCUGGGAGCGGCAUCGGCAGAGGCGACAGCAGCGCGCCUCCGCAUCGGCUUCGUCUUCGGCGCCGGCGCCGGCCCCCGCCCCUGCCACUCCCCUACCUCGUCCUCCCCCAGUCAGCGCCACCGCCCCCAUCCGCCUCCGCUGCCACCGCCACCCCCAUCCGCCGCCGCCACCGCGACCCCCAUCCGCCGCCGCCCCCAUCCACCACGGCCUCCAUCCACCGCCACCCCCAUCUGCCGCCGCCCCCAUCCACCACCACCCCCAUCCGCCGCCACCGCCGCCCCCAUCCACCGCUACCUCCAUCCGCUGCCACCCCCAUCAGCCGCUGCCCCUCGGUCAGCUCUUCCCGCCCUCCACUCCCUCCUCCCCUCCCUCAAUGUGUGGUUAGGGUUUGACUCCAUGGAUGACUCCACCUGGCUACAGAUUGUUGGGAGGCUCGAGGAGGAGCCUGGGAGUCAAUUAGUAGUUGUACAAUCACCUGCUGAUGAACCUGAUAGUGGUGGUAGUUCUCCUCCUACUCAAGGAGAACAGCCACAGCCAGAACCACAUCCACCACCUAUUGUUGAUUGGGAAAACCUACAGAUUAUCGAAUCGUUAGAUGAGGAAGGAAGGGUAAACAUCGUGGAUGAUGACGAGUUGUAUGUGCUUUUGGGUUUGAGGGCUGAGGAUGAAGCCGCCGAGAAUGCUCAAGCGGCGGCUACAACUGAACAGGGUAAUGGUAACAAUGGCAAUGGUGCUGAAAAUCGGAAUCACGAUGAAAAUGAGGUUGAGGUUGAGCCUCCGGUCGAGGACGAGGUUGCGGGAGAAAGGAUGAUGGUGAAUGACGCGAAUAAGCCAUCCUUGGUCAAAGGAACUGUGUAUCCCAACAUGAAGGUCUUUAGAUUGGCGGUUAGACAGUUUGCUAUCAAUGAGGAGUUUGAACUUUGGGUAAAGGCGACAGAUCGUAAAAAAUAUGUAGGAGCAUGCAAAGGGGCAAGUGAUUGCCCUUGGCAUGUGAAUGGGCGUAGACAGGCUGACGAGCGAACCGUAAUGGUGACAAAGUUUACUAAUUAUCACACGUGUACAUCUAGCGGUAGAAGAAAGACUACCACACCAACCAGCGCCUGGGUUGCUUCCAAGGCCAUCCAUAUCCUUAGGACAGACUCAGGUAUGGGCCCUAAAGAACUGCAAAAAAGGUUGCAAGAGGAUCAGAAAUGCAAAAUCAAUUAUGAUACUGUGGCUAAGGGUAGGAGUUUGGCUAUGAUCCAAUUGCAAGGUAGUUGGGAAGAAAAUUUCCAUAUGUUGUAUAGGUGGAGGGCUGCAGUCAUGGAGAGGUCCCCUGGUAGUGUUAUUGAGAUUGACACUAUUGAGGUUGAUGGGAAGGUUUAUUUUAACAGAUUCUUUUGUGCACUUAGUCCAUGGAUUACUGGAUUUCUAACUGGAUGUAGGCCAUACCUUAGUGUAGACUCAACUGCCCUAAAUGGUUUGUGGAAAGGACAUUUAGCAUCUGCCAUAGCUAUAGAUGGAAACAACUGGAUGUACCCCAUUGCUUUUGGUUUCUUUGAUGCUGAGACUACUGAUAAUUGGACCUGGUUUAUGAUUCAAUUGCUCAAGGCCAUAGGAAAAGUAUCUCCUCUUGCAAUUUGUACUGAUGCAUGCAAAGGAUUAGAGAUUGCAGUGCACCGAGUUUUCCCUUGGGCUGGACAUAGAGAAUGUUUUAACCACCUUACGCAAAAUCUAAUCAAGAAAUAUGGUGGAUCUGUCUUCCAAGAGAUGUAUCCUGUAGCUAGAUCAUAUAGGGCACAAGUGCACGAGGAGUGUAUGGAUACAAUUAAGAAAGCAUGCACCGAUGUGGCUCUCUGGCUUGACACUUACCAUAAAUUGAUAUGGUACAGGAGUGGCUUCAAUGCUGAAAUUAAAUGUGAUUAUGUCACUAACAAUCUUGCAGAGUGCUUUAACAAUUGGAUCAGAGAUAUAAAGGCCUUACCUAUUUGUGAGCUUGCUGACACAUGUAGGGAGAUGAUAAUGACCCUGUGGAAUAGGAGGAGAAGGAUUGGAAAUAAAUUCACAGGUACAAUUCUACCUGCCAUUUUGCACCAGUUGAGAGCUAGGACUCGAGGGUUAGGCCACUUGUCAGUUGUGCAUGCUGACAUAACCACUGCUGAGGUUUGGGACAAUAGUAGCAGCCAUGCUAGGCAUGUUGUGAGGACACAUGAGCAGUCUUGUACAUGUCAGGAGUGGCAACACACUAGCAAGCCUUGCCAACAUGCCUUGGCAGUGAUUGCCUCCUAGCAAAUUAGGGAUGUAAAGUUGGAGAACUACAUUAAUCCCUACUACUCUGUGGCCCUAUUCUGGAAUGCAUACAACUCAAUUAUUGAGCCACUCCCUGACAAAUCACAAUGGCCUAAGGUGGAUUUACCUUUUGUUCUUGGUGCACCCCUUGCAAAAAGGAACCUAGGAAGGUACAGGAAACUAAGGAUCAAGGGUUGCUUGGAAGGUGGUGGUAGCAAGCCUAAAGACUGCCAAAGAGAAGGCAACGAUUAGAGGAAAAAGAGGUGUAAAAAAUGCGGUGAGUUGGGUCAUGGACAAACUAGCUACAAGUGCAAGCUCAAUGGUACAAAGAAGAAGCCGAAACGAAAGGCAAGAUGGAACACAAUGAGGUAUGGGCCGGCUCCUGCUCCUAAUGCUCCUGAUGUGGUUUAUGCCCCUGCUCCUGAUGCUCCUGAUGCUCCUGCUGCUCAUGUUGCUCCUGCUCCUAUACCACAUACCCCAACUAGGCCUACUGUACAAACCAUUAUUCAAGAAAGCCCAACAGUUGUGACAAGACGCCGGCUUGCAAUGUUAAUGGAACAAGGAGGGACAAGCACACAACCGGCACUUGCUUCACAAGUGACAUGUAAAAGGAGGUUGAAUAUUGCUGAAUCAAGCUCAAAGAGGACAUGUACAAAGAAGCUCACACCCAAGAAAAUGAAGCCUACUUGAUUGUGUGCUAUGCAUGUGAGGCACUGUUAUAAGAGGUAUUUUGUGAACCAUGGUGGUGUAUGUGAACCAUGUUAGUGUAUGUGAACCACCUUUGUUGUUGGUGCAUGUGAGGCACUGUUAUUUGAGGUCUUUUGUGAACCAUGGUGCAUGUGAACCAUGGUGCAUGUGAACCACUGUUAUGUUGUGACCACUGUUAUGUUGUGAACCAUUGUUAUGUGAGGUAUUUUGUGAACCACAUGCUAUUCAAUAUUAUGUCUACAUGCUGUCCAAA